AUGACUAUAACUUCAGUACAAACUGCAGUGAUAGAACCAACAACUCCAUCAUCAGAACCAACAUUACAGAUGACAGAGCAACCAACUAUACCAUUGUCAAUAAACAAUGAAACACAACCACGUGAGAUGACAGAAAAGAUACCAUCGACUGUGGCACCAGUAGCUAGCACCAAGCCACCAUGCUACGAUAUGUGGCAGGUCUGUGGUUUCUUUACGUCAUCGUGUUCAAACGCUUACGUGUUAAAAAUGUGUGCAAGAAGCUGUCAGCAGUGUGACUAACAAACGUUAUGGAAAAGUAAUUAUCUUGAACUAAUCUAUGGAUGCAUAGAUCUUCAUAUACUCUACUUAGGACACAACAAAAUUUUAUUUCUGCAGCACAGGCAAGAUACAUAAUGAUAGAAAGUCUAGUUUCAAAUAUUUACAAACAACACUACUAUUACUACUGAUGUUUCUUGGGAUUUUUCUGUGUGUGAUUCUUCUUUUAUAUGGCUCCUUUUUUUCUUCAGCUAUUUCGCAUUUAUAAGUUCUUUGUAUGUUUGCAUGGCGAUAAAACAUAUAAUAGUUUUGUUCGUGGAAACACCACGUAAAUUUAUUACUGCAAAGCUUUCGAUCCGUAAGCCCGGAUCUUCAUCAGUGCUAAUAAUAUGUGACUUGUUUAAUUCACACCACAGAGUAGAGACAUACAGAGACGUAACUGUAAACACUGCGGAAGAUUACGUUAUCAUGUACCCACUUUUUUUCAGGCGACCGGGCGAAAAAUGAUUAACUGCGCAUGCUCGGCAAGUUUUUUAUGUAAACAUAUAUUUUUAAUAAAGACGUUUACCCAAGAGCUAUCAAGCUCAUCGAGGGGCUUACGUCACUAUUUACAUAAUAUUUAAAAAAUAAGAAUAAAGUAGAGUAAAUAAACAAGGACAAACAAAUUACUGGAUUGUUUGGAGGAUUCCUUACAGAACUUAACGAAAACGUUUAGAUUCUUUAAUGAAUUGUUGGACAAAAUUGAAAAUUUUUUUGUUAUCAUCCAUAUUUAGAUUAACAUCGCCAAACAAAAACACCUUUAAUUUUUGAGAAUCCGACAAAAUAUUCCAGCUAUCACUGCACAAACUUGUGCAGCAGCCGAGAGUAAGGAAAUCCUCAGAGCAAAAUAUCGGGGACACUUUAGCAAAUAAUGCAUAAUUGAUUCAUGAUUUGCACCACACACACAUGCUGGAGUUACAAUACAAUCUAUUUUAAACAAAUAAUAGUUUAGAGUACAUCAAUUGAGACGAAGCCGAGAAUGUAAAAUAGAGGAAUGUCUAUCAAUUGAAUAACUAAACAUAUUGUAUUUAUUGUAUUUUUAUGAUUUAUAAUAAAAACAAUAAAUAUUUGCGUAGUUUUGUCAUAAAUCAUAAAAAUACAAUAAAUACAAUAUAUUUAGUUACGUUUCUGUGGUGGCGAACAUAUUCGUGAAAAUAUUCAAGCCCCCCUGUCAUGUGUCCACGAGAAGUUUCGCGAAGAUUGCGCGUGACUUUCAAAUGAUUUGUUUUUUAUUUUGAACCUAAAUGUUAUACGGGAGGAUUUUUCCUUCCUAAUGGGACAAAUGUUGCCAAUUUUUGGAUUGGGACUAUUCUACAAUGAAGUACUCUUGGAUACUGUAAUCUAAAUACAUAUGGAAACGAAGAAGUUGCAUUUAUCAGACAGAGAAGCGGCGAGCCAUUAAAAUGGCGGCAAUUUGGCGGAAUAUCGAAGGACACAAUAUCGAAGGUAAAAUACACUGCACUGUUACAAAAGUGGAUGAAACCUUCUUUGAAAUCUUCUUCAGCCAUUUAUGAUUAUGUAAAAGUACAAUAACUGGAUGAUAUUUGCGAGAUUCGGCGAUAAAAAGCAAACAAGACGGCAAAAUAUGGCUGAAAUCGUGUUUUCGUGGGGGGUAAGUGAAAUAAAAUGUAUUAUAUUUAAAGAAAACAAUGACAAUCCUUAUGAAAUCAACAAUAUUUAUAUUAAAUUAAGCAUAGUUUUUCACCCCAUGAUAAUUUUUUUUAGGAAAUAAGAAUAUUUAAUUUCUGCCAGGCAUAUUAGUUAUUUUGUGCAUAAUCAGCAAUUUACCUGGGGUGGUGCAUAGUCAUUUUCUGGUAAAAUAUUAUACUUCGACAAAUUUUUCCUUCCAAUGACCACCCCUAAAAGCAACCCUUCUAAACACUAUAAGCACUUCAGAAAGGCUAUCGCUUUUCCUUUUCGGAAGUUAGAGCUAUGUCGACACUGCCGUUUCAGGGCGGGGUCAUUUUCAGGACUUUCGUCCCGGAUUCAGGUUUUCGCACAUAUGCCAUGUUGACCGCCAUGGUCAUUUUACCCUAAAACAGUUGAGAUUACCUGUCCUAAAUGAAUCGCAUACAAACUCAUAUACAGGUCCUAGACUAAUGGGGAAAUAGUGUUAUGCUUCCCGUCGGGCGACCAAGACGGCAUGGUUUCACAUCACCCGUGUUUACAAAAGUUCUAACUGUCCGAUAGACGGUUUUCGAACAAACAAAUAAUUGUGAAGCUAUGUCCUCAUAGCUUCUAUUAUAAAAAUAUCGUUGAUAUAUCAACCUCCAGCGUAAAUCAUUCGAAUAAGGCCUUGGCAUUGUGGAAAAUUUCACCACGUUAAUCGAACACGCAAUUACCACGCACCCCCCCCGAAUACCCCCGAAUAAAUACAUGUCACGUGAUCGAUAUUUAGGUAUUUAGAUAUAUUUGAUCUGGACAACCUUUUUGGCAAUGACUGUAUAUAACAUAUAUAUAUAUAUAUAUAUAUAUAUAUAUAUAUAUAUAUAUAUAUAUAUAUAUAUAUAUAUAUAUAUAUAUAUAUAUAUAUAUAUAUAUUUGUUUAUAUGCUUUGUUUGGCAUAUUUAUUACUAUACAGUUUCGUACCACGUAAAUAACGUGGCACUCUUCAGAUAAAAUAGCCUAAGUUUGACCUAUAGCUUCUUAAUUAACGAACUUUUUAAAUAUGUACAGAUGGUAUAAAGGACGCUUAUCUAAUUACAAAUCAAUUAACACCUUAAGUAGUGUCACGAAAAUAUUAGUAUCAAGUUAUAAAGUUUUUAAGUAGAAAUUUAUUAGCGUGUCUACACGUGGAGACAAGUUCGUUGCGACGAUUAAGUGUUGCAAUGUCCGGUUUACAAAUAAUGAAAUACUUCUCCCAGAUACACAAGUUACAUCUCUUGGAUGCAUUACUGUAAGAUUUAGCGCGUUUUAAAAUUUUCCAUCUGAUAGAGUAACUAAUAUUAUUGUUCUUAAGAUUCCAGAUGUAUUUACUUAAUAUCAGUAGAAUUACGCUUCUCAUAGUUAUUAAAUGAAGCUUUGUGAUUGGUGUAUCGAGUUUUGAAUUCAUUUUCUGUUAGUCCAACAUAUGUUUGAGUGGGCCGCUUGUCAGAUGUUUUUACUGUGGCUUGGUAGAUAACAGAUUUUGCUAGACAAUUUUUUGACAUAGGGCAUUCACUUGGUUUUUGGCAAUUGCAUUUUUUUUCGUCGGUGGUUUUAGCUCGGUGGGAUAGCUUGGAUUUAUUAUGUCCGUCGAUGUUUUGUUUAAAAUUACUCAUGCAGCUGUAGCUAAUCUUGACGGUAUUUCUGUUGAAUAUCUUGUGUAAGAUAUGGCCUGCGGGAAAUUCCUCGUCUAGAAUCUUUAAAAAGGUCUGACCAAUAUUAGUAGCGACAUUUUUGCUGAACGGUGGGUUGUACCAGGUUAUAUUUCGUUUCCGACUCCUUGAGUUGAUGGUAUUUUGGGAUGUCGGAGGUUGUUGGUAUUUCAAUUUAUGUCGAUAACCGCUCUUUGUUAGGGCUUCUUGAUAUAAUGGCACUGCACGCUGAAACGAGUCUUCAUCAGAUGAAAUUUCAGAAAGGCGCUUGUUGAUCGCUGCUGGUAUGUUGUCUAGUAUUUUGGGUGGAUGGUUUGAUUUGUUGUGGACGUAAAGUGGAAUAUUGUUGGGUUUAGUGAACGGCUGAUACUUUUGGGUAGACAGAUUCAGGGUGACGUCUAAAAAAUCUACUAUUUUCUUGUUGGCUUCGAUGGUAAUUUUUAAGCCAUGAUUGUUGAAGAUGGAACAGAUAUCUUUUUUGAUAAUUUCAAUUAUACGGGGGGUUGCUUUUAUAACACCAAGCCCGUCAUCUCGAUAGAGGCCGAAAUUCUCACCGUGUUUUUGGGUGAUCUUGUGUAACAGAAAAGAUCCGACCAGCUCGCACGAUUCUGCCCCGUCAUAACUACCCAUAGUUACGUCAAACAGGUUGGAUGAUGUUUUCUUGCCCCAGUGCUCUCUAGAAUUAUAUAGGCAUGAUUUCUUUGCAUGCAGAAUAAUAUCUCUUUCAUCAUCCGUGAUGUCGUCAUAAUUUGAGGCGAAAUCUAGCGCUGCGUUGAGAAGAUCGAUUGAAAUAGAUGGGUAUAGAAGUCAACCACGUCAAAACCCUACCAUUAACACCAACAUUUCAGGUAACAGAACCAAGUGAACAACCAUCAUCCACACCACCAUUGUCAACAUUCCACGUGACAGAAUCUACUACUUAUACACCAUCAACACAAGAAUAUAUACCAUCAGAAUCAACAUUCCAGAUGCCAAAUAAGCCAUCAGAACAAACUGAACAACCAAUGCAGAUAACUAUAUCUUCAGUACAAACUGCACUGAUAUAUAUAUAUAUAUAUAUAUAUAUAUAUAUAUAUAUAUAUAUAUAUAUAUAUAUAUAUAUAUAUAUAUAUAUAUAUAUAUAUAUAUAUAUAUAUAUAUAUAUAUAUAUAUAUAUAUAUAUAUAUGCUUACUUACAUAAGACUAUGAAACCCAUCUAUUUUUGUUUAUGAGUAUGUAUAGUGUAUACCAUACCUAGUCAUUCAGACAAAUUCAUUCAGACUCUUACCUGCAGGUUCUGUAUUCUGUGUUUAGAUUGUUAUGCGACUGCGCAGUAAAAGCACAGUUACAAGGGUACCACUAUAUUGGUCUUCAGUAUUACACAGAAUGCUGGACCAGCAAUGAAUUAGAACCACACUACAGCAGAGAUGGUCCAAGUACAGACAAAUGUUUUAAUGCAGAGUUUCAACCAUGUUCUCAAGAUGAUAGCGACUGCGUCGGAGGUGCGCGCGCAAAUUUUAUCUAUAAAAUUGUUAACCCAGGUAAGAUGGCGUCAUCGUAUUUAACUUGGCUUUUAUUUAACUCAUGUUUAAAAGAAUUUUCAGUUUCACAAAGCACUAUCGUGCAGCAGAUGGUGGUCAACCUGCAGCUAUCAGAAUGAGAAAAUAAUUCAUGUUUAUUCUUUUCAUUGUAUUACCAAUUUAUUAUUGGCUAGUAAUAGAAUUGAGUUUGUCGAAUUGUAGUUCAAUUUUCUUGUUCCAAAAAUUGUCCACAUCCCUGAAGUUAAGCACCGUCUGCCGCCUUAAGUAACGCUGGUGAAACUUGCCUGUGUCCAACUGACAAAAAUAAUGUAACGUUAUAAUUUUAAUGAUCUACAACUUUGAGAUAUUCACCUGAGUACAUAACAUCAAAACACACACAAAAAUACCAUGAUCAUAGAACGCACUGGUAUCGAAGGUACUAGACUUAGUUCCGAAAUACCACACACCCGAACAGACUUGGCCUCAUAGCUCAGUUGGCAGAGCAUUCGACUAUAGUAUCCCAAAGGUCGCGGGUUCGAUUCCCACCGUGGUCAGGCUAACUUGUCAGCCUGCCUGGUGUGGAUUACAUUCAGAGUAACAUCAAAAACAACUUUGAGAAUACUGUAAUAUUUUAACUUCCUGUUGUAGAUAAGCCGGCCACGUCUGAGAUGAAAGGAACAUCAUCUAAUUCAAGUGCUCAGGAAGUAUUGCAACCACAAGCAACUACAGAAAUGAAACUACCUACUACCCUACCAUUAACACCAACAUUUCAGGUAACAGAACCAAGUGAACAACCAUCAUCCACACCACCAUUGUCAACAUUCCACGUGACAGAAUCUACUACUUAUACACCAUCAACACAAGAAUAUAUACCAUCAGAAUCAACAUUCCAGAUGCCAAAUAAGCCAUCAGAACAAACUGAACAACCAAUGCAAAUAACUAUAUCUUCAGUACAAACUGCAGUGAUAGAACCAACAUCUCCAUCAUCAGAACCAACAUUACAGAUGACAGAGAAACCGACUAUACCAUUGUCAAUAAACAAUGAAACACAACCACCUGAGAUGACAGAGAAUAUACCAUCGACUGUGCCACCAGUAGCUAGCACCACGCCACCAUGCUACGAUGAGUGGCAG